CGGCGGGGCGCGCCGUGAUGACGUAGGGUCGGUUGGCGCCGGGCGAUCGGAGCCGAUCGGAGCGGGUCGGAGCGGAUCGGAGCGGAUCGGAGCGAUUCGGAGCGGAUCGGAGCGGAUCGGAGCGGAGGAUGAGUCAGCAGGGCGCCGCGCUGCAGAGCUACAACAACGAGCUGGUCAAGUGCAUCGAGGAGCUGUGCUUGAAGCGGGAGGAGCUGAGCCGGCAGAUCCUGAAGGAAGAGGAGGAGAAGCGGAGGCUGCAGAACGAAGUGCGGCUGCUGUCCGAUAAGCUGGCGCGGGUCAACGAGAGCCUGGCCAGCAAGAUGGCAUCCCGCCACGAGUUCGACCGGACCAUCGCCGAGACCGAGGCCGCCUACCUCAAGAUCCUGGAGAGUUCCCAGACGCUGCUUCACGUCCUGAAGAGAGAAACGGGAAACCUGACCAAAGCCACCGAGACCAAGCCCAGCUGAACCCAGGGCCCUCGGGGCGGGGAGGGUCCCAGCCGGGAACCCCCCCCCCCGCCCCGGAUUCCCCCCGCCGACGGCCCCCGGGGCCCAGCCUCCGGGGACCCGCUCCCCGGACGAAAUGUCUUAAUAAAGUCUGUUCGGCACCGCGACUCUUCCCUUCUGUGGCCCCCUCGGGCAGCCCCUCUCCCAGAGACCCGCUCGCGGGGGGCGGCUGGUUCCAGCCUCGGACGUGGCUCUCCCGGCCCCCGGACCGGGGAAGGAACAGCGGAGACACCCCCGGGGGCUCCUCUUCCCCGACUUGGUCCCGCUCCCCCCAUCCUCAGAGGUGGGGCUCCCACGGCCCUUUGCUCGGCCCCGGUUUUCCGCCCCCCCCCCCCCCCCCCCCCCCACCGCCGGACUCCCUCCUCCGUCUUGCGGGGUUGGUCGGGGAUGGCAACUUCCCCGCUUGUGGCCCUCGUCCCCGACCUGAAACCCUACCUGCCCGCUUUUACGUUGGAAUAAAAAUCUUCCGUCAAAGUC